AAUAGCGGCAACGUCAUCUGUGCGAGCCGGAAGUGCGCGGAGGAGCAGAACCCGGAAGUGCGAUGGGGUGCGAUGGCGGCACCAUCCCCAAGCGGCACGAGCUGGUCAAGGGGCCCCGAAAAGUCGAGAAGGUCGACAAAGUUGCUGAGUUGGUGGCCAGGUGGUUCUACUGUGCCCUGAGCCAGGAGAAGCUGCGUCGGCCCAUCGUGGCCUGUGAGCUGGGCAGGUUGUACAACAAAGAUGCCAUCAUUGAGUUUUUGCUGGACAAGUCACCUGAUAAGACCCCCAUGGAAUCUGCAUCCCACAUCAAGAGCAUCAAGAACGUGACAGAACUGAACCUUGUGGAUAAUCCAGCCUGGAGUGGGGAUAAGGAGAGUAUAAAAGGUGACAAGUAUGAUGACCUGCAGUCUGCACGAUUUAUCUGCCCCGUGGUGGGGCUGGAGAUGAAUGGGAGACACAGGUUUUGCUUCUUGAGAAACUGUGGCUGUGUGUUCUCUGAACGUGCCCUCAAAGAAAUUAAAUCAGAAGUUUGUCACAAGUGUGGUGUUCCCUUCCAAGAGGAAGAUGUGAUUGUCCUUAAUGGUAACAAGGAAGAUGUGGAAGUAUUGAAGAAAAGGAUGGAGGACAGAAGACUUAAAAGUAAAUUAGAAAAGAAAUCAAAGAAAUGCAAGUCAGCAGGAUCAGCUUCUCAGCAAGAGACCACUGAAGAUUCUCCAGGUCCCUCAAAAGCUACAAAUGGAAAGGAUUUUAUCAAUUCCAGCUCUGGGGAAAAGAGACAGAUUAUCUUCACCAAAAGCUCAGAAAAUGGCAAUUCAUCUGUCUCAGCAAAAGUCAAUAAGGCUCCUUCUGCUACUACGAAGAGACCCAUUGCAGACAGCGAGGAGAAGUCUGAGGCGUACAAAUCUAUUUUUACAACACACAGCUCAGCAAAACGUUCAAAGGAGGAGUGUUCCAAUUGGGUUACUCACACAGCUUACUAUUUCUGAAACAAUGAGCAGCCUGGUUGGAACAUCCACUGCUGCUUUCCUUCCCCAAGGCUUUUUCUGUACAACUCUGAUACUUUCGUCGUAAUCUGAUAUUAUCUGGAGUUACUCGGUUUGUAGGUUGUUUGUAAACUUGCUAAUAACUAAUGAACUCGUGUUAGUUGCAACUUCUGUUAAAGAAGAAAUAGAUCACCAGAAUCCACGUUGUAGCAGCAGACCUCAUUCUGAAAUGUUGAAUUUUUUGCACGGAAGUUUUUCUUUUCUCGUUCCAGUUGGGUGUUGUCAUCCUUAUUCACACUGGCUGUGUCCUCAGGAGGAGGAAAGGGAGAAGUUUCUGCCUGCUCUUCUCCUCUGUUGAUUUGUGCCACACCUGUAAUUAUAGUUUUCAAAGUAUUAGUACAGAAUUCAAACUUCCUGCAACUCUCUGACAGCAAAAAGAGCAAUAAUGCUGUUUUUCCUUGAAGCUAACUGGGCCCUUGGUAGAACUAGUGUAUGAUCCUAAAAGGUUCUGUAGGUGUUUUCAAAUCAUUUACCUUUUGACAGAAUAUAUGAGAGCACAAUCAUGAAAAUGUUUGUGCAGCAUUUUUCUUAUACAUAUUGUUGUAGCCUGUUCUUGGUAGCAGAAUAUUUGCUUAUAAAUCUUAUCUUUAAAGAGGAGCCUGUAAAGAGGCUGUUGUUUUCCCAGCAAGUUUUGGGGUUUCUACAUGAAAUGACCAGAGGGAGGGAUGGAAGUUUUUCACCUUCCUUUCUCCCUCUUUUAAAAUUGAAAUGUGCUUUUAUAACCUUGGCACCAACUAACCAGAAUAGAAAUGCAGAAAUUGGGAGGCUUUUAAAACCCCUGCAUCAUGUUACCUUUGUGUGUGAAAAUUAUUAAUUCUCCUCAUAAUUCAUUUUUAAAAGUGUCCCCAUUUAUAAUUGGGCAAUAGUUAACUGAAGAUUCAAAUGCUGUGUUGAUAUUUGCAUAGGUGGUCUCUGUGAUUCAAGCAAGGUGAAUGAAACUGCUGGGAUUUUAUUAUUAUUUUGACAGGUAUAAUUAAAAAUUGGCUUGUUGUAGAAUUUA